AGAGAGAUAGGUAACUUGAAAAGUUGCAUUCAAAAAUAUAGCAAAAGUUGGAAAAUCUAAUGCAGUGUUGUUAUGGCAUUGACAUGCAUAUAUAAGCAAGCAGUAAGAGUAUAUAUAUAUAUUUUUUCUUUUCCCGUUCUGGGACCCCUUUUGCAUACAAUUUGAAUUAAGGACGCGGGAGGGGAUGAGACCUAGCCUGAUCGUCGCGGUCGUCGCAAUGCAUGUGGACCGCAAGUUAGUUGGUGAUUAUUGUUUAAAUAUAAAUGUAACGACAUACCACAGCUGCUAGCUAGCUGCAGGCAUAUAGGGAUUAUAUAUUGAUGGCUGAGGAAUCAUCGUCGGUGGAGAAGAGUUACGAAUCGGAAGAGUUGCUUCCAUGGAGGAAGCAACUGACGGCGAGAGCGUUUGUGGUGAGCUUGUUUCUGAGCGCUUUGUUCACUUUCAUCGUGAUGAACAUAAACUUGACCACCGGUCUUAUUCCUCCGCUCAAUGUCUCUGCCGCUCUUCUCGGCUACGUCUUCCUGAAGAUAUGGACCAAAUUUCACCACAAAUCUCUCCCCUUCACUCGCCAGGAGAACACUGUGAUUCAAACUUGCGUUGUCGCUUCCGUCAGCGUGGCCUUCACCGGAGGUUUUGGUUCCUAUCUAUUGGCAAUGAGUCAGCGAAUUAAUGAACUAUCAGAGGCUAAAGAUAAUGACUUCAAGAACCCUUCAUUAGGAUGGAUAAUUGGUUUUCUUUUCAUUGUUAGCUUUCUUGGCCCCUUCUUGGUCUUGCUUUUUCGUAAGAGAAUGAUAAUGGAUUUCAAGUUGACGUACCCAAGUGGUACUGCCACAGCACAUCUUAUCAACAGUUUCCACACUUCUCGGGGAGCCAAGUUAGCCAAGAAGCAAGUGAGAACGCUUGGAAAGUUUUUCUCAUUCAGCUUCUUGUGGGGUUUCUUCCAAUGGUUCUUCACUGCUGGAAAAGAUUGUGGAUUUAACAGUUUCCCUACAUUUGGCCUCAAAGCUUACCAAAAUGAAUUUUAUUUUGAUUUCUCUGCAACAUAUGUGGGGGUAGGAAUGAUUUGUCCAUACACCAUUAACAUUUCUUUGUUGCUUGGAGCAAUUCUUUCAUGGGGUUUAAUGUGGCCUCUCAUUGAGAAAAAAAAAGGAGAUUGGUUUAGUGCUGAGCUUCACGCCUCCAGCUUUCAUGGCUUACAAAGCUACAAGGUGUUUUUCUUCAUUGCCUUGACUCUGGGAGAUGGGAUUUACAACUUUGUAAAGGUUUUGGCAACCACUAUCUUACAUUUGUUUAGUGAGCUGAAGAAAGAUGUAAACGCUGUCUCAAAUCCUUCCCUCCGUUCGACCUCUGGCGUAUCUUUCGAUGACAACCUGAGGACUCAACACUUCCUCAAAGAACUGCAGAUUCCCUCGCGGUUUGCCAUUGGAGGUUAUGUUAUACUUGCUGUCAUAUCUAUAACCACUUUGCCACGGUUCCUUCCGUUGUUAAAGUUGUAUUACAUGCUUGGAGAUACCUUGCCACACAUCUUUCCGCAGCUGAAAUGGUAUUACAUACUUGUCCUCUACGUUAUUGCCCCAGUACUAGCUUUCUGCAAUGCCUAUGGUACUGGAUUGACUGAUUGGUCACUUGCAUCCGCCUAUGGAAAGCUUGCAAUCUUCAUAAUCGGGGCAUGGGCUGGUGCCACACACGGUGGUGCCGUUGCAGGCCUAGCGGCUUGUGGAGUAAUGAUAAACAUUGUUGCAACCGCAUCUGAUCUAAUGCAGGAUUUCAAAACUGGAUACAUGACACUAUCUUCGCCACGUUCAAUGUUCGUGAGCCAAGUGGUAGGCACUGCAAUGGGAUGUGUCAUAUCUCCCUGUGUGUUUUGGUUGUUCUAUAAGGCAUUUGAUGACAUUGGACAGCCUGAAAGUGCUUAUCCAGCGCCGUAUGCAACGGUCUAUCGUAACAUGGCUCUUCUCGCAGUUGAGGGCGUCUCUAGUCUCCCAAAAAACUGUCUCUAUCUAUCCUAUUUGUUCUUUGCAGCAGCCAUUGUGUUAAAUUUGAUAAGAGAUUUAUUAGAGAAGAAGGUAAGUCAGUAUAUUCCAAUACCCACGGCAAUGGCAAUUCCAUUCUAUAUCGGCCCAUAUUUUGCCAUUGACAUGUGCCUUGGAAGCUUGAUAUUGUUUGUGUGGGAAAAGAUCAACAAGGCCAAAGCCGACGCUUUCGCACCUGCCGUUGCGUCCGGUCUGAUAUGUGGAGAUGGAAUAUGGACAUUGCCCAGGUCCAUCCUUGCUUUGGCUGGAGUUAAGCCUCCCAUUUGCAUGAAGUUUCUAUCAAGGACGGCAAAUGUUAAGGUUACUACCUUCUUAGCAACAUGAUGCUCUAGUUGACAAGCCAGGUAAUAUUUUAAUUAUAUCCCAAUGUUCGAAAUAUA